UGAUAUAAACACAGAAUCAUUCUCAAUUGAUUGAAUGAAGAUGAAUCAACAUGAAUACUAUCACUAUCUUUGUAGAUAUUUUACAGAAUUAACAAAAAAGAAAUGCCUAUGAUAGCUCCUCUAAACGAUGCUCUGUAAUAAAAAAAAAUGCAGAGAGAAAAGAUACAUCACCUCAUAAAAAGCUAUGGAGCAAGACGACAAUCUCAUUCCAUUCAAACAAAACUCCACUGAUUCGAACAUCUCUUAACACCAAUUUCAAUCUCGGCAUCCUUCACACCAUGGCCACAAGCGUAUCACACUCUCCCGAUUUCCGCCCUGAAGUUUCCGUUACGCCGCCGACCCACGACGGCCUUUACUUCUGGCAGUUCAUGAUCGCCGGCUCAAUCGCGGGGUCGGUCGAGCACAUGGCGAUGUAUCCAGUGGACACUCUCAAGACCCGAAUACAGGCCUUAGGUGGUGGAUCGUCAACAGUCCGACAAGCCCUCGGCUCGAUUCUGAAAGUGGAAGGCCCGGCUGGGCUUUACCGUGGAAUCGGAGCAAUGGGUUUAGGCGCAGGACCUGCACACGCCGUCUACUUCUCAGUAUACGAGUUUGCGAAAGAGGGGUUUUCAAUGGGGAAUAAGAACAACCCAUUAGCGCACGCCAUUGCUGGAGUUUGUGCGACGGUGACGAGCGACGCCGUGCUAACGCCGAUGGAUGUAGUGAAACAAAGGCUGCAGUUGAAGAGUAGUCCUUAUAAAGGAGUGAGGGACUGUGUGAAGAGGAUUUUGGUUGAGGAAGGGAUUGGGGCGUUGUAUGCUUCCUAUCGGACGACGGUUGUGAUGAAUGCGCCAUAUACGGCGGUGUAUUUUGCGACUUAUGAAGCUGCUAAAAGGGGAUUGAAGGAGGUGUCACCGGGAAGUGAUGAAGAUGAGAGGCUGAUUGUUCAUGCUACGGCCGGUGCGGCAGCUGGGUCUCUUGCUGCAGCUCUUACAACGCCAUUAGACGUUGUGAAAACUCGGCUGCAGUGUCAGGGAGUAUGUGGUUGCGACAAAUUUUCAAGCAGUUCAAUUGGGUACGUACUUGGGUGUGUGGUGAAGAAGGAUGGCUACAAUGGGCUGAUGAAAGGAUGGAUUCCAAGGAUGAUGUUCCAUGCCCCUGCUGCUGCAAUUUGCUGGUCCACUUACGAGGCUUCAAAAUCCUUCUUUCAACAUCUCCACAAUCACAACAAUUAGAAACAACACUUGUUUACUCACUGCCAAUACUUUCACAACAGUAGUAGUAAACAAAAAGCUCAUUACUUACAAUUAUAUAUUGUAUUCCGAUAUCAAAUCAUGUUAUCCAAUAAAAUAAAUUUACAGUUACGAGUUAAGGAUA